UAAUAAAAUCGUGAAAGAAGAUGGAUCGAUUUUAUGUCGCGUUACACGUGACGUCAAUUAUAUGCGACUGUUUGAUAGAAACAGCAACAUGGCACUGUUUCCAGCGUUUGCAGAUGUUUCCAGUAACAAGGUUGAAGACACGUCCAAUGAAUUGAAGUGGCUGAACAAUAACAGUUUUCAGACCAGUGAUGCCUUAUCGCUUCACAGUCUGUUCUUAGAGAAGAAAAGUGACGGGUUACACAACAAAGACUCAAGUGUACACAGAAAAGAUGUGGACAGUGUGCCACCGAAGAAAAAGAAAAAGAAGCAUGAAAAGCAUGGGGACAAAAAGAAAAAACCCACAGAAAAGAUUAAAAGGUCAACAGAAAGCAGCGGCUCAGACUCUGAACCAAUCUUCCCAAGUGAUCUCAAGCAGAAACAAGAAACAGAAAGACCACGGGAUGCUCCAAUAUCAAGUUCUUUCUCAUGGUUGGAUGACAUGCAGUCGCCCACAGCAAAGCCAUUCUGUGUCGACUCUAAAUCUGAUGCUUCCAACUGGACGUACAAGUCUCUAUACAGAGGGGAUGUAGCAAGGUAUAGGAGGAAAGGUCGCUCAUCACUGGGUCUGGACCCUCGCAGACAAGAAGUAAGCUGGGAGGACGCUAAUAAGAAACGUAAAGGGGGGGACAAGAAGAAAGGAGCGGACAGAUACUUUUCUACAGUGUGUCGUCAGUUGCUCAAGUCUCAGCUGCCUCUCCUGAUAUUACCAAGAGUGCCUGAAAGCAGCGAUGUCAGCAACUCCAACCUGUUUCUCCCACUGGAAGAUGUUGAGGGGGAGAAAAAAGGAGAGCCGGUUGGCAGAGCUCAGGCGUCGUCAGUGAAUCCCCUCGGUGUGUACGACUCCACCACCGCCCUCUGGCUGCAGGGCAAGGGAAAGCAGGACCAGACAGAUCACCGCGACAGCCACAAUUUGGAGACGGGGCAAGAAGCUGUGCUCGGGACAGGCCAGACUGAAGAGUUCAACAGGAAACUGAGAGAGCAACCAGAAGACACUGAGCUCUGGUUGAAAUUCAUUAGAUACCAGGAUGAGUUGAGCGCAACAGUAUUUGGAGGUGAGGAUGAGCAACAGGGUAGAGAGUUACCGGAGCGUCGCAAGUCUUCGUACAAAGCUGUGCUGGAGAAACAGCUGAGCAUUGCAGAGCGUGCUGUGGCCACUAACCCCAGCUGCGUCGCUCUGCAGCGGGAGAGGCUCAGGAUUUGCCAAGAGCUUUGGGAGCCAUCAGCGCUGGCUAAAGAAUGGAAGAAACUGGUCUUUCUCCACCCAAACAGUGGCCCUCUGUGGAAGGAGUAUCUUAUCUUCACCCAGAGCUACUUCAGCAACUUCAGUGUGUCGAGGGUUAAUUCUGCUUACGGGAAGUGUCUCAGCACGCUCAGCGCCGUCCGGGAUGGCAGCAUGGUGUCCCACCCAGCCCUGCCAGGGAUCGAAGAGGAUAUGCUUGAUAUCUUCACCCAGCAGUGUCAUUUCCUCCGUCAGUCCGGUCACUCGGAGAAGGCGUUCUCUCUGUUUCAAGCCAUGAUCGACUUUACGUUCUUCAAGCCUGACAGUGUACGACAACUGUCCACCAAACAACAGGCUGACUUCUUUGAGCCGUUCUGGGAUAGCGGGGAGGCAAGAGUUGGGGAGUUGAAUGCCAGAGGUUGGAAGGCUUGGAUGGUCCAACAGGAGCGAGGAGGGUGGGUGCAGCCCUGCGCAGAGGAAGAAGAAGAGGAGGAUGACGAAGAGGACGAGGUGAAGGACUGCAGCCAGCCUCGAUGGAAGGUGUGGCUAAAUGUGGAGUCAUCUCGUGAAGCUGCACAUUGGUUGCCUUGGAGGCCUGAAAAAGCCAAGUCUCAGUCAGAGGAUGACUGUGAGGACCCUGAGAGACAGGUGCUGUUCGAUGACAUCGGCCCUUCUCUAAUUUGUCUGUCCUCGUCAGACCUCCAUCUGCGCUUCCUUCUCAAUUUCCUGUUAUUCCUGGGGCUUCCAGUGGACACUGCGCUGCUGUCUGGUGGCCAGUGUCAUCCUGGCGUGCUGCUGGAGGACCUCUCUCUGCUCACUCAGGGUGAAUAUGCAGAAGUAACAACUACUCAGUGGCGCGCGGUGCAUUUCAGGCCCGGGCCUUCAGGUCGUGACUCACGACAUGCUCUGACUUCCCACUGCCUACCAAGCCUUGGGGUGAACUCGGUGGGUCACAUGACCACACUCCAGGGAGCCAGGAAAUGGGCAGGGCUUGGAAAGCAGGGCGAGAGGUUUGUCAACGCAAUGUUCAGUAUGCUUCAACCUAUCCUUCCAUCUCAACACCGAACUGUCCUGUCACUCAGCCGGAUGCAGUAUGAGAAACUCAAGGUGUUUCGUUGCAUGCAGAGCAACCAAAAACGCCUCCGCUCUCAGAGCAAAAUCAGCAAGCGGAUUGCCAAAUCACUGCUCAAAGAACCCGACAACCGCUCGUCUUUGGCAAUGUGGCGGGAGUUCGCCCACUUGGAGUGGAUGCUCGGUCACCUCGAAGAGGCUCGGAAAGUGUUUUCUGCCGCUACGGCAUUGGGUGCGGCCAAAGGGCUGUGUAACCCCUCCCUCUGUGAGUUGUGUCUGCUGUGGGCUCAACUCGAGGUUGAGGAUGGAGCAAGUGGGCCAGGAGGGGUAGUCGGCGAUGGAGGUGCGUCUCCGGCUGUGUGUGUGCUCACCAGACACGCAGAGGGGAACGUUCUAUCACCUCCUUCGUCGUCACAGCCCGUCUCUCCGGUUGCCGUCGUGAAGGCCAGGAGGUCUUAUGAACAAGCUCUGACUGCCAGUUUGUCUGCAGUCGAUCAAGCUCUCUGUCAUCCUCAGGCCAAUAAAAAAGUGGGUGUCCAAGAAGAGAAGUUGAGGCUGAGAGGCCUGCUAGGCUGCUAUGCUCUGUUCCAGUACCUCACUAUGGGCAUCAAAGCAGCUAACGCAGUCUACAGCCAGGCCAGAGAGCGGACGGGCGACUUGCACCGCACAAUCAUGUCAGACGACCGCUCUCGCGCUGAUGCUUGCCACUCCGGCAGCAACUUGUUGGUUAGCAGGUUAACUUCUGAGUGGGAGAUGUUGGCGGUGCAGCAGGCGUCGUUGCUCAAGUACCACAUGAGCGUUGGUGUGUUUCCUCUGGCGACACUCAGAGACGCGCUCACCUCAGCCCUUACGAGCUGGCCUAGUAGUGCCCCGCUUUGGAGCAUUUAUGUACAGGUGGAGAACCGUUACCAUAGUGCUGGCCGGGCACGUCGCUUUUUCCACACUUUAACAAGGGACAACGGCAGUGUCGUGCCACGACUCUUUGCUAUUCUUGCCGAACAACAAAGGAAGCAGCUGGUGGAUGCGGCACAGGGGUCUUGUGACAAAAGCGCCCCCUUGAGUGUCCUGCCAGAGAAUGGUCUCAGCAACCGUAUCCGUGGACUGUUUGAAAGCGCCAUAGGAACUGCGAUGGGAGCUCACUGUCCUUUACUUUGGAGGAUGUACAUUCACUACCUGGUGUCGGAGGGUAAGAUGGAUAAAGCCAAGGGGCUCUUCUACAAAGCCUUACAGAAUAUUCCCUGGGUGAAGGGUUUGUACAUGGAUGCGGUGCAGCUGUUUCCUGAGUAUCUCCAAGAGUUUGCAGAUCUGAUGACAGAGAAAGAGCUGCGAGUCCGGUUGCCGUUAGAAGAGCUCGACAUACUGCUGGAAGACUGAACCGAACUCACGAGCAGACCGACAUACGUCGCUCGGCACCAGAAGGACAUUUAAGCGAUUACUCAAGAUGAACAAGAAUGCUCGUCUCCCCCUGGACGUGAGGGAAGUAAAAUAAAAAAAGGCAAAUAGCAUUUUCACCCCCCCCCCAAAAAAAAAUACAUUUGAACUGUUUUAUGUUAGUCAUUUUAGACAGGUUCAACAAAAAUACUUUUGUUUGUAAUUUGUAUAUGAGGUUUGGCAGUUUUAAUUUAUGAAAUAAAGAGUUAUGUUUCUGAAAUGUCUUUU